GCCAAAGAUAGAGUAACAAAUCAGGAAUUUCCCUCCUGCCACUCCUGAGAGCGCAAGUGAGGACCAAAGUUACGGAUUAAGCGCCUCUCCUCAGGGAGGACAAAAAAAGCGAAACGGAGAUAAUCUACUUUAUUGUUGUUGUUUUGGAAAAGAUCACCAACAAUCGGUGUGUUUCCAGACGCGUGGAUGACAUUAUUUUUGGCCAGAAAAAGUUUUUUUUUUUUUAAUAUUCAUGAUAAGUUGGGAGCCACAUGCGUAAUGGCCUCUUAUACAGCCUUUUAAUGGAAUAAAACGGCGCACUGCAAGACGUUCAUGAAGAAUACUGUGAAGUGUUGGGUUUGUGACUUUUUUUCAGCUGUGCGGUUGGGAUUGCUGUCGCUGGUCAGUUUUUUUUUCUGCUGCUGAGUUUCUCGAUGGCGUAGGUGGUGACAAGACUCUUUAAACACCUCAAAACAAGGAUUUAAACGCUUCUUCAUAACGCAGAAACAUCUGGAUUAUGUGCGUAAAAGACACCGGAGUGUGUAAAGUAGAGUGAAAGCCCUCCGUUGGUACUUUUGGAGAAAGAGGGGAAAUGCGGGAGUGAAAACGGCGUCUAGAAGGAUGAUGCUGCUUGUACAAUGGAAGUAAAGAACUCUUUUGCUGUUGUUGCGGUGGUUUGUCUUUAUUUUUGCUCCGGUUUCAGCCAAGAACUCAACCCUAAAGGCAGGAAUGUGUGCAAAGCACCUGGGUCAUCGGGAUCGGUGUGCUGCAGUGGAUGGGGGCAGCUAGGGGAUGAAUGCCUGACACCUCUCUGUGAAGGCAACUUCACCUGCAAGGAAAAUGAGGUGUGUGUCAGGCCGAAUGAAUGCCGCUGUCGUCAUGGAUACUUUGGAGCGAGCUGUGAAACUAAGUGCCCUGCCCAGUUCUGGGGCCCAGACUGCAAGGGGAAAUGUAAUUGUUACCCCAAUGGCCAGUGCGAUGACCUAACCGGCGAGUGCACCUGCAACCACAAUCGAUGGGGACCUAACUGCGAGAACGCAUGUCUAUGCCAGAAGGGGAAGUGCGACCAGGACACAGGAAAAUGCACAUGUCACCCCGGCGUCUGGGGUCCCCAGUGCAACAACAACUGCUACUGCAGCAUCAACUCCGUGUGCGAUGCCAUGACUGGGAGGUGUCUGUGCAAUCCUGGCUGGACGGGGAGGAACUGUGCGAUCCAGUGCAACUGUAACAACUCGCCGUGCGACCAGUUCACGGGACGCUGCCAGUGCCGCGAGAGGCUGUGGGGCCCGCGGUGCGAGCGAUACUGCCAGUGCAUCCACGGCAAAUGCAACCAGGCGGACGGCUCGUGUACCUGCACUCCGGGGUACCGUGGGAAGUUCUGCAGGGAACCAUGUCCCGCAGGAUUCUAUGGUCAAAACUGCAGGAACAGGUGUGGACACUGCAAAGGCCAGCAGCCCUGUAAGGUGACAGAAGGACGCUGCAUCACCUGCGACCGAGGCUGGAACGGGACUCGGUGCGAUCAGCUCUGCACCAAGGGCUUCUUCGGCGAAAACUGCCAGGAAGUGUGUCCGACUUGCAAAGAUGGCCACCACUGUGACCCCAUUCACGGCAAGUGCUCGCACUGCAACCCCGGCUGGACUGGGGACAGGUGUGAGGUGCGCUGCCCCAACGGCACAUACGGCGAGAACUGCGAGAACAACUGCAGUCACUGUUUCAACGGCAUCUGUCAUGUUGUCACCGGAGAGUGCCUGUGUGACCCGGGCUUUUAUGGCACCUACUGCAAUAUGACCUGUCAACCUGGGCAGUUUGGAGUCAACUGCAACCAAACCUGCUCUUGCCAUGACAAGAACUGCGACCCUGUGUCUGGUGCCUGCCAUCUCCAGCCCAACCAGCGGAUGGGUGUGAUCGCAGCUGGAACCCUGGUCUCCUUUUUAUUGAUCGUCCUCCUCUCCCUGCUGUGCUGCUGCUGCCUGUGUCGACACAAAGACGACCACAACAAAAAAGCCAAGCGGAUCCUGUGUGGACGUUUCAGCCGAAUCAGCACUAAACUCCCCCGUAUUCCACUGAGGCGACAGAAACUGCCCAAAGUAGUCGUAGCCCACCACGACCCGGAGAACACCUUCAACUGCAGCUUCAUCGAGCCCCCUUCCGUGGCUGAGCAGCCCUCCCCCUCGUCCUGGUCGUCCCAGGAGUCCUUCUCUUCCUUUGAGAGCGGAGAUGAGGGCCCAGUUUACUGUGUUCCCCAUGAAGAGUCUAUGAAUGAAAGCAAAGAGAAGCGGAGCCCCAGCCCAGCAGCAGAGAAAGCGGAAGCCGUUCCUGAUGAAGACGAUGCAGGGGAGUACACCUCACUGAAAGACACCAGUGUCACCAAACCAGAAGGCAGCGAGCAGCCAUUACUCAAGUCUUCUGACAGCGAAGGCUCCACCAGUGGCUCAGAGUCCACAGCUGCAGCCGUCUACGCCCGCAUCGCCCGACUCUCCAAGCAGUCCAAGGAGGAUGAGGGCAGCGGCAAGGAUGGAGAUGGAACUCCUACACCAGAGGCCAAGCGCAAUGGAAAGCCACCACCUUCACCUGGCAAGCCCAAACCUCGCCCACCGGACCCGUCCACUAAACCAAAGGUGUCAUGGAUACAUGGAAAUACCACAGGAACCCCUCAGCCAGAGCAGCAGGGAGGAAUUAAGGCACUUGGGGUGUCAAAAGAGAAAAAGAGAAGCUCAAGCGAUGGUUCAUCCAAGAGUGAAGAGCGUCAGAAAAUGAAGGAAAAGAAUCGCGAGCAGCAGAAGAAACAGGAGGGGAAGGAGGCAGAUGGCUCCCCAAGCAAACACAAACCUCUGCGAGGUAAGAAGUCUGGGGAUGAGCACAGCAGUCCCAGCCACAUGGAGCACAUCAACGGUGUUGUUCAGAAUGCCCUCAAGAAGAUUAGCAACUUCCACAGCUCCUCGUCUGAGAAGAAGAACGUUGAGAGUCCAAAGCAAACCCCCAAAGAGCCGCCCAAGAGCCCGAAGGUCCUCCAUCCUCACAUGAACUCGGAGGCUGCCACGCUGCUGGCUGCUCAGCUCAAGGAGAAAACCCAAAGCAUCAACAGGAAUGAGGGGACAGGACUGACAAAGACCAACGGCCUCUCUACACCCAAGGGAACUCGGGAGAAGCCCACACCUCCACAGAAAGCCAAGAGGACGGCCUCCAGCGGAUUGAGCCAGCAGGGCUCCACCAAACCCCUGCUGCCGACUUCCAGCAGCCUCCAAAAGAUGGUGGCGCCCGUCGCCACCAACCUCGGGACCCCCGAUGCCAAGAGCCCGGAGAAGCAGGACUUGAACGGCUCCAGGGCAGGGGACCUGUUGGAUCCUACGCCAAAGAAGACUCCAAUAAAAAAACCACCCAGGAAGAAAGGCAAGGAAGGUACUGUGGAUACACCCGAAAGUAAAACACCCCAGCAAAAGACAGCCAUAAUGCCACCACAGGUAGUCAAAUAAGUGAUUUUAACAACAAGUUGCACAAAGUUUGUGAUGGAUUUCCAGAAGACUAAAAUGAAUUUGUUGAAAGGUGAACCACCACGUAGUUUUUUAAUCCAGAAACUUUUUGUCUGUCUGAGUGUGCCGUGACUCCAGGACCAGUCAAGAGUAAGAAAUGCUUUUAAACUGCAAUUGAGUUGUAUCGGUGAGGCGUACUAUAAUAACCUCUAUACACCAUUGUAUUUCAUUUCAAGAAACCUUUUUUCUUUUGUGUAACAACUAUGUAUCAACCUCACACCACAGCCUGUGGCUAAGCCGGACACGACUGUGAGAACAGUGGCGCAAAGACAUAAUCCAAAGUUCAUUCAUCUCUACUCCUCUGCAGUAAGCCCACCACUAUAUUUAUAUAGGAUUGCUUUUGAAGUUGUGUAACUGUAAUUUGCCAUGCAGGCUGUCAGAAAUAUAGCUAUUUUUAUGUAUGCUCUCCACAGGUACUAUAGGUACUAAAAAUAAUCAGAAAAUUUGAUCUUCUGAGGAUUGCAAGCUAUUCUUUUAUUCAUUUUUUUCUCAUUCGGAUGAACCAAUAUAAGGAAAUUCAGUUCUACACCUAAUCCAGCUUAAGAUUUAAUCCUCAGUCUUAAUGCCAAGGUUAUUCUUUGCAGAUGAGGAUCUACUGGAAUAAUGAUCGCGAGGAGCAACACUUUCUCAGCGAGAUUUGCUGGAUGUCAUUAGCUGUGUUUCCAUAAUGUAUAUUUAUACACAUUUUGAAGUGUUGCAUUGGAAAAAGUCAAUGAAAAAUUGUUAGAUUUGCUUAGGGUGGCUUUUGUCUUCUAUAAAACAUGAGUAAAUAGGUGAUGAAAAAGGUUUGACAUUUGAUUAACGUGAUCGUUGUCAAAACUGGCCCAGUUGAAAUCAGUUCCUGACGACUCUCCUUUUUUUUCAUAUAUGACCAACACUUUGUUUCUUCUUCUUUGAGGUUUUUUCUUUGCUGUUAGCAAACAACUGGUUUUGUUUCUGGCAUUUUCUACUCUGUUUAUUUCAGCCAUGCAUAACGUAGCUUAUUUUGCCACCUUCUGACUACACAAUAGAGCCUUGUUUUUUUUUUUCGUUUUUGUUUUUUUUUCAUUCCAAAGCAGUUAAUGGAAAUCAAGCAUAAUUCACAUUUUCUUUUUUUGCAACAUUGACAGUUAUAUGGAAACACGGCUAUUAUCGUUAGCAAUGUAUAGUCAUAUUUUCUCUUUUAUCCACAAAGUUUUAGGAAUGUUAAUCUUAAUUUGAUACCCUGAGGUACACAACCUAUGCUACAUUUAGGGCCUAACUGUCCUCCAUACGUACGAUACACCUUUAAUUCCUCACUGAGCAUCAUUGUUGUUUUCUGUGUUCUCCCAUACAGAAAUAUUUCAGCUCUCCUCCAACUCUGUCAGAUAUGGUUUGCUAAAUCCCAAACAAGCUCUUCGACCUCUCAGCAAAAAAGAAGGGGUUCAGUUUAAGCCUCCUUCAUACUUCUGCUAAAACCAAAUCACCAGAAUGUGCUCUUACUGUACGUUUCAUUCAGUCAGCUAAACCACUAAACCAAAAAACCCCAAGCUAUUCUAUGUCCUCAUUUUAUGUCACGAUUAUAAAUCAUUUCAAAUUCACUUAUUUAUUCUGUAAUAGAGGAACAGCUGCAGUUUCGCGUUCUGUUUUCAAGAAGGCAGGACAAUAUCCUCCUUGUAAAUCAGAGGAAUUAGAUAGUUUUGCUUGAAUAAUUGCUGCAUUUCCCUGCAGAUCAGACUGCAGAAGGAGUCUGCCGUGUGUCUCUGCGUUCUUUCAGUUUAGUCAGAAUAUUAGGUCGAUAUCACCAUUUGAGCUAUUCUCAUUUCACAUGAAUUUGUUGAUGCCGCCGGGGUACUGUGUGAGGGGGAAAAAAAAAGAAAAAAAAAUCCUGUCAAAGAUGCUUUAUCCCUCAAGGAUCAUUUUUAUCUUAAGCUGGCAGAUUCACGCUGAAGUAAAAAGGUGUUUUAAUGUCAUUGUUUUGGGCUGAGACUGUUUGACUAAAUGGUACUGCGCCUCCAGUGUUCAAAUGUGCCUCAACUGUGGAUCAGUUUAAGCGAAAGAAGCUAAUGCCAUCGCCAGUGUUUAUUUCAAGUGUUGAUCCUAAAAUAAGUAAGUCGGGGGGGAAAAAAUGGUUAAUUCAGUUUGUCAAGAGGAGAAAAACGUCUCUAUUCCAGCUGGCUAUUUUGAAAGUAGCACUCAAAACAUGAGCUUUAAACGAUGGAUGAUAAUUUAAAGUGUGCAGGAAGUUCUGUUAAAGCGUAAUUCGCUUGUUUUCAGCUGAAGAAUAUGCUACAUUCACAGCUAAUUUGGACAAAUGUCUUGGUGUUAUGUGUUUUUAUCAAGGUACAACACAUUUCAUAGUUGUUGUUUUUUUUGUUUUUUUACUUGUAUACAUUGUGUACUUUUUAUUAUCUUUGUAAGCUGUGCUUAUAUGACCUUUUAGGUUCUUCUGUGUUCCUCUGUCGAUGAACUGGCUUUCAUGUUAUAUUUGCUUUUUUGUUUUUGUUUUUUGUAUGUUGGCUCUGAAGCAAACCUGCAGUAUGAGUACUUUCCUCCUGUAAAGUUUACAUUGGCUUUGUAAUUGUUCUCUGUUGAUGUUAUUGUUUGUGUAACACUUAACUGCAUGACGCAGAGUGUAAUUAUAUGGCAUUAAUAGCUGCAGAGGAAAUCUGUAACCUACUUGUUCCUUCCAUUUGUUAUUACUGCCUCCCAUAAAAAAGAAACUAACUCAUACAGAAAAGGAUUGUACAAUACUACUAUAAUACCACUGUUGAAACAACUGCAUAUACGUAAAACCAUAAUAUUGUGUAAUUAUGAAGUGACUGGCCCGCGCCUAUGUUUUUUUUUUAUAGGCUUACAGUGCAUUUUGUAAAGAAAGGGCCUGAAAAGCUGCAAAAAAACAUCUGUAAGGUAUAUUUUGUCUUUUGUGGUUUGUUUAUAGUAACUUUUUAUGACCAUUUGUGUAAGGUUAUUAAAUCGGUGUUUCCUCAUUUA